UUUGCUCGCGGGUGUUGUAUUGGGGAAAUAUGAUUUUUGACGGUGGGAAUUCAAGAUUUUUGGGAAUUACUGAAACGGGCCGGGUUGCUAUUGACCCACGCAUUUACCUGAAUUUUUCGAGUGAAAUCCGUUCCCGCCUAUUCCACGUCGCCCAUUUUGAAAUGUUGUGAAAUUUGCUCUGAGCCAAUGCUGUACAACCAGCAUUUUUCGUUAAACUAAUGUUUAGUUUGACCUCCUUUUAAAUCAAUUCCCCCCGUAGCGUAUGCAAAUUGCACGACACUCCCUUCGCCGGAAAAUUCAAAAACUACAUGGACGAUGUAGAUCGCCUGCUCCAGUACUUCAAAUGCGGCCUCUCUCCUCCUCAAUCUGCAAUCAGAGAAAGGAAAAAAGAAAAACGAAAAUUGAAUCAAGAAUCUUCACCACAACAAGAAAAGUCUUCAUUUUCUGAAACUCCGACGACCAAAAAUUGUAAAAUCCUGGGCAAUGACAAACAGUUCUCUCCGAUGGUGUUUUAUGGUUCACCUCACGGCGUGCCUCCAAAUCGGCCUGCUCGAUUGUUGCGAUUGUUGCACGAAAUACGUGUUGAUCUCUCGGAACAAACUAAAUUGAGAGAGGAAUUUUGGGCUACCUUUCCAAGGCAGGAUGAAGCGAUGAAGUACGCUAAAGAGCGUUCAAAUGCACGUGUUUUUAGUUAUCAGGAUCAUAUGAAUGGCCAGAGAAGGUUUCUUGUUUCAACGUACAAGGAAUUUUGGAGAAGGUAUAAAGAUAUGAAUUCUAAAUUUCGUCACCAUUAUGAAGUUAUUCAGGAGGUAAUAAUCUUUGCAUUUUCUACUUAAAGUGUUAAAAUCUUGUUCAACAUAGUGAAAAACUGCGGCAUUGGCUAAAAUAUGUGUAUUU